GUCAGUAUUCAAGCAUGAAGUUCAAUCCUCAGGUUGUUUGCAGGCUCAUCUUACUGGCAGCUUGCUGUGUGCUGAACACAGACAGCACGUUUGUUCCGGGAAGAUGUUUGUGUCCUGAGACGCAAGCGGCGGUGCGGGGCAGACUGAAGGAGCUCAACGUGUAUCCCAAGAGCCCUAACUGUCAUAAGGUCACUGUUAUAGUGACACUGAAGAACAACAAUGAGCCCGUGUGUCUGAGUCCAGAUGCACCAAUGGGGAAACAGUUGAUAAAAUGCUGGAAGAGGUCAAACUCUUUGGGUCGUAACGUGAAAAAUUGUUUGAGGAGGAGGAGAAGGAGGAGAGGUCAGCGCCAGCACUCUCGACACCGCGGGAGACUUUCAAUUAAACGUCAGUAGUGACACAAAGCCACCGUCCUGGAAAGGAGUGUUUUGUUUUUGGACUUUGAGAUCAGGACCCAAUCAUAAAGAAGAGGAUGACACUUUUACAUCAAGUGUCACUUUUCCUAAGAUUCUGCUGUUUGGGCUUGAAAUAAUUAUGUUUUUGUAUUUUUUUAGCUUCACCGGGUUUUAUUUAUAUGCGCAUAUGUUGUUAAAAAGCCCUGGAGGCUACAUGUUAACUAGUCUAUCUUUAAACCGCCAAUAUGUGUUUAGACGUCUGUAUGCACAUGAAACACUGCAAGUUAUUUAUUUUGGAAUCAACAAUUUAGACUUUUUUUUAAUAAACAACUUUCAGAGUG